AUCGUAGAUGAUGAAGAAACAGUCAAAAAAGUAUUGGAACAUGGUCAACAUAAAGAAUGGGCGCGAUGUCCUCGAUGUGAACAUUUGGUAGAGAAAGUAAGUGGAUGUAUUACUAUGCGUUGUGUAUGCGGCGCCUAUUUUUGUUAUCGUUGUGGGGGUUUAUCUCAAGAUCAUAGCUGUAUCAAUAGAUGCCAAAAUUUCACACCACAAGAGCUAAGUAAAGCUCGUAAUAGCAUGUUUGAUCAUACCACAAAGAGAAUCAAGACCAAAAAUUUAGCUUGA